UCUGUCUGUGUUCUUGGCAAGUGGUGGUUACUUGUGGAACAGAUUUCAUAAUUUCCUAUUUUACUAGUCUCUUUGUCUUGUGUCUAUGUUCUUGGCAAGUGGUGGUCACUUGUGGAAUAAAUUUUAAAGCUGUUUUUUGACGGCAAGGGCUUCUAGGAAUUUUAUUAAAAACUUAUUAUAUCAAAAUGCAAAUUUUUACAGCUCCUGUUGGUUCUACUUUCAAUCUAGGAUUCAAUGAAAAUGUCAGUUCUGGAAAUUCUGGUGCUAGUGUAGUUUGGUCAGUAUCCUGCACAUCAGUUUCUCAAACUGUGUUUACUUCUUCCGGUGUGGUUUUCAACUCUGCUACUGUAUCGAACUUUUCUUCAGAUGUUUAUGUUAAUCGGUUUACUGACUAUGCUAUGAUGAGCAAUCCAAUUAUAGAAAUUUUUUCAGAUAGAGAUGUUUUGGAACCAACCUCUAUUGCUACUCUUCCGCCGGAACCUAUUGUUACUGAUGAAGAAUUUCAAAAGGAGGUUAAUCUCAUGAUGAUGGAUACUGUGGAUUCGAUGGAUGCAGAGCCUUCUUUAGCUCAUGACCUUUUCAGAAAAACAGGGAGGAAAUCCUGAUACUUCUUUGGCGCCAUCUUUCAUCAAAAAUAAAUUAGUGGAGUUAAGAUUGAAUGAGGUUUUUUCUUUUGGUAACCCUUUCACUUGGUGUAAUCGAAGAUUUAAAAAUCCUUCUGAGAUGAUUUUUGAAAAAUUAGAUAGAGGUUUUAUGAAUGACUCUUGGGUAGAUGUUCUUCCUCGAACUCGUAUUACUAAUAUUGCUAGAGUCUACUAUGAUCACCGCCCUAUUCUGCUCAAGUGCUUUCACAAUGAACAUAAUCUGUAUAUUCCUUAUAAUUUUUUUUAAGUGUUGGCAGUUAAGUCCUGAAUUUAAGAAUGUUCUUACAAA